CCUCUAUACACCGAGAUAAACACAAGCAUGAUUACCAUGUUGACAUGUUGAUGCUUAAUUUUUAAUUUUUACAUUUCAACUUACAGGUGGAAGUAGUAAUUCUUCUUUAGAUCUUCAAUAUCAUGGGCAAAAAGGGGUUAUCAGAUAAAGUGCGCAAUAAACAAAAAAACAAAGCCAAACCAGCACCAAACCCUUUUGAAGUGAAGAUUAACAAAGUCAAACAUGCUGUUGUCAAUAAAAAAUUACAAAAGUGGGAAAAAGGAAUCCCAGGGGUGUCUCGAUCAAAAGCAAUUAAAAAGAGAAAAGAUACCAUUUUAAAAGAGCUGUAUCACAUGAAAAAAGCUAACACCUUGCUUGACAAACGCUUUGGAGAAAGUGAUUCAACCCUCACUGCAGAUGAGAAAAUGGUACAGAGAUUUGCCCUGGAGAAAAAGAAACAAAUUAGAAAGAGUGAUUUUAACUUGAAUGAAGAGGAAGAAGUUCUCACUCAUUAUGGCCAAUCUCUUGCUGAAAACCUACAAGACACAAUUGGGAGUGAUUCUGAUGAAGAGGAUGACAGAAACCAAAUUAAAACAGGAGAUUUUCAGUUUGGAGGGUUUUCUAAAGAUGGAGAAGUGUCUUGGAAAGACAAAAUGAAAGAAGUCAUAGCUGAAUCAAAAAAGCACAAGUAUGAAAGACAAGCAGAAAAAGAAAAGACAUUAGAAACAACCAACGAGCUGGACAUGAAGUGGAAAGCUAUUGUCCCCAGUUUGAACACAUCUAGAGAUAAUUUGUCACAAAGGAAGGUUACAAAUUUUAUGCAGCUGUUCCGUACAUUGGUUUUGGAUCAGAAGUCAUCAGGUGCUUCUGAUAAGCUUAAAACAGAAGAAGAAAAAGCUAAGGAGGAAGCUGAGAAAUUACAGAUUCUCGAGGCUGAGAGAUUGUCUAGAAUGGCAGCUAAUUCCAACAGCUCAGGCAACAAACAUGUCUCUGCAGAUGACCUGUGUGACGGAUUUACAUUCGACAAUGAAAAGGAUAAAUCAUCUCUUAAAAAGGCAAAACAGGCAGAAGUUGAAGAAGAGGAUGAAGAUAAAGAAAAGGUAGAUGAAACUGAGGACAAUGAUGAUCAAGAAGAGGGAAGUGAUGAAGAGGAGGAGGAAGAAGAUGAUGAUGAGAGCAGUGAAGCAUCAGAUGACUACUCUGAUCUGGCAUCAGAUGACAACAGUGGAAGUGAUGAAGAAAUAGAAAAUGAACCAAACAAGAAUAAAAAUUCUCCCACCCAGAAAGCUGUUCAACAAAAAGUCAUUAAAGACACAGCUCCAUUGAGGGAUGAUCUGCCUUUUGUGUUUGCAGCCCCUGGAAGCUAUGAAGAGCUGAAAGCACUUUUACAUGGUCACAGUGCUGAUGAACAAGUUGUCAUCAUUUCCCGCCUUAGGAAAUGUCAUCACCCAAGUCUGGCAGAAGGAAAUAAAGAUAAAUUGGAGAAAAUUCAUCUAUACCUGCUUCAAUACUUUGGAGAGUUGAUGAAACAAGAAAUAUUAGAAACCAGAUUGAUAGAUAAUGUUACAGCCAGUCUCUGGGAAAUGAGCCAGACUUUUCCAGCUUCAACUGCCAAACAACUUCAGGAAAUAGUAACUGAAAGGCAAAAAGAUUAUUCAUCAAAGACGAUAGCUAAAGGUGGCAAAGGAACAUUUGUCGGAUUGGAUACUCUGAUGUAUUUGAAGCUGAUAGAGAGCCUGUUCCCUACAUCUGACUUCAAACACCCAGUGACAACUCCUGCUAUACAUUUUAUUACACAAAUGCUUUCUGAGUGUUCAGUCAAGAGAGGCCAAGAUGUUGUUGUUGACUUGUUUUUGAUUUCCCUUGCUUUAAAGUAUGUGAGCUUGUCCAAACGUUACAUCCCCGAAGUUGUGACAUCUCUGCAUGGGUUACUGUUCUUGGCAUCUGGAAACAAAUCAGACUUGCCAGUUUACCCACCCUUCAGGGCCACUCUUAGACCUUCCUAUCAUUUAAAACUUCAGCAGAAAAGUCUUUCUAUAACAAAAGAAUGGUCAAUUUCUGCCAUGUUAAACAAGGAAGCAAGUGAUUUAGACAAUGACCAGUUCAGGUGUGAUGCUGUUUAUAAAUGCCUUGUUCUCCUUGAAAAUUGCUUGAAUCUGUGGGAGGAAAUUCCUUGUCUUAGCCUGGUCUUACAGCCCCUAAAAGCUUCCUUAUUGGCACUACCUAAAGACUUGUAUCCAGACCAAGUUCAGGAGAAAGUUCAAUUAAUUUUGUUGAAAAUGAAUGAGGCUGAAUCCAAGAAACUUAAAGUGAUGCAGAAGCUUACAGCUAAACCAGUUCCCCUCAAACUAUUUGAACCACAAAUAGAAGAGUUCUGGGCUGGUAAAAAGAAGAAAAAAGGCCCCAACAAAGAGGAGAAUGAGCGCAAGAGAUUGAUCCACAAGUACAAGCGUGAGAUGAAAGCUGCUGUCAGAGAAAUCAAGCGUGACAAUGAAGUGUUAUCUAAACACCAGCUUGAUGUAGUCAUACAAAAGGACAUUGAGAGAAAGAGAAAGACAAAGGAAUUGAUGAGCAGUUUAGCCAGUCAAGAAGGAGACUUCAAGGCUCUUAAGAAGACAAAAAAAGAAUAAAUAAGUCAUAAUUGAUAUUUAAAAAUUGUAAAAUACAAAAAAAAAAUUAUUAAAAAUCACAUUUUUGCUGUUUGA